GAAAAAUCUCUCCCACCACACCCCUCCCCCCUGUCUUAUUUUAACUCCAUCGUCGUCUUCUUCAUUCUCCUCAUCACCAUGAAAACUAAUACCCUCGUUUCUGCUGGUGCCAGCUCCGAUGAAAAUCGCGUGGCCGCCGAGGAGGAUGGCUCUCGAUCUCAGACCAACUUUGACUUUCCGCCUGAAUCAUUUUGGGUCCCCAAAGACUCGGAGCAAGACUGGUUCCACCAGAACGCCACCAUGCAACGCAAGUCCUCCUUGAAGCUGGCAAGGUCCUCCGUCACCGGAAACUGCCACCACCACCACCACCACAGUAGCAACCCUUUCUCUCAUCGCUCACUCUCCACGUUGAACCAUCACGACCACAACAAGUCUUCCCUCCUCGCUCUCCCCAUUUCCGACGCCAACCUCUGGCACAAUAAGGCGGCGGCGAAGACGAGGAUGUUGUUCCGGAGCCGGUCCGAACCGGGAGGCAAGGGCCGAUUGGUGACAGAUGGAGCUGAACCCGGUUCUCCCGUGGUUUCUUGCACUGGCCGGGUAAGGUCGAUGAAGAAAGAAGCGGGGAAGAAAACAGGGCUGUGGAAAACGCUGAGGACCGCUCUGAGGGGCCGGCUCGGAGUUAGGCGGCCGCGGGUGGUGAACAACGCCGGCAGUGAGUCGGCCAGUUCGGCUGGGGCUGAGUCGGGCAGGUGGUCAGACUCGUUGAACGGCAAUAAUAAUUGACAUGGCGAUUUGAUACCGUACGACGUAGGUGGAGUCGGUGGUGACGCCGUGAUGACCCCGUUAUGGCCCACACAUAUGUAUUGUGUAUUAUUGUGUAUUAUGUUCGGUCCCAAUGGUCAUUAAUUAAGUCAUAAAUAAUAGUAAAAAUUGAAUGAUUAUAUUUUGUGCAGAAUAGAGUCCAGUUAGUUUUUUUUGCAUUUUAAACGCUUUUUAAACAUGUAUCGUUUUUUUGAGUAAAAAACACGUUUAAAACGAAAAAUAAUAUCUUUGGUCCGUUUAAAAAGGAAAAAAACUCAUACUUCUCAUAUAAAAACGUAUUUUUCCCGUGGUAGACAAUAGUUUGAAACUUAUUAAAUAGAAAUACGAAUUAAUCAAUUGAAUGAAUGCAUUAGAUAGACAAUAGUUUGUAAGUAAAAAAGAAAACUUUCACCUAUGGCCCCAUGUUUUUGUGUUGUUACAAUAAAAAAAUAUAUGAUUAUUAAAUACUAAAAUUAAUUGCAUUGCGGCUAAAACUAGCAUUCUAAAAGACUAAAAUUUGAAAUACUACUAUAUUUCUGAUAUUUUUGCAAGCAAACAUAUCAAAAUUAAGGUUUUUUUCUAAAUCUUACAUUUUUUGGUAUAAACUUUUACACAUAAAUAAUAUAAGCGUAGUAAUCACACAAAUUUUCUCAUAUGUCAUCCGUUAUCUUGAUGGAAAUGUUGAGUUUAACUUGAGUUCUAUUUGAUUAUCAUAUAAAGAUAAUGAUUUUAACUUAGACUCAUUCUAUCGUUACUAUGCC